GACGUUUGUUUCUUCCUCCCCCAUCUUCUUCUGCUUCUUUCCCUCCCUCUCUCUCUGUCUCCUCCUCCGGGUCCCGGCUCGGAUGAGCGGCCGCUCCCGGACCCCCUGUCCGCUCCGUCUCCCCCCAUAGGAACAACAGGCUGGUCACCAAUGGAGGCAAGACCACGCUGACCCACAAGCUCAUGCAGGCCCUGCCCAACUGCGGCGUGGUGCAUCAGGAUGACUUCUUCAAGCCCCAGGACGACAUAGAAGUUGAAGAUGGAUUUAAACAGUAUGAUGUUCUUAGUGCCUUGGAUAUGGAAGCUAUGAUGAGUACCAUCAAUGCUUGGAUGAAAAACCCAAUUAAGUUUGAACGCUCACAUGGCAUCAAUAACACCUUGGAUGCCAAAAUACUACAGUACUCAGAAGAGAGAGACGAAACAAUCCAUAUUCUUAUUGUAGAAGGCUUUCUUCUUUACACUUACAGACCAUUGAUUGAGAUAUUCAACCAUCGGUACUUUCUUUCCAUUCCAUAUGAAGAAUGCAAGAGGAGGAGGAGUUCAAGGAACUACACUGUACCAGAUCCUCCUGGAUUGUUUGACGGCCAUGUCUGGCCCAUGUAUGUUAAACAUAAGAAAAUAAUGGAAGACCUCAAAGUUGAUGUGGUUCCAUUGGAUGGAACAAAAUCAAAGGAGGAGCUGUUUAACGAAGUUUAUGAACAGAUCCAGAACAAGAUUGAGAAACUGCUGAUUAUGCAGAGAUAGACAAGCAGCCGAUGGAUUUCUAUGAUCUAAAAAGAAGCCUGUUAACACUAACUUAUUUUUAUGCGUACCAGACUUUGGCAGUUAAGCUUCAGCUUCUGUUAAGAUUUCCUUUUCACUUUUUAAAAUUGGACUUUGUUCAGCUUUCAUCUGAAACUCAUGGAGUUAAACGUGGUCUUGAUUAAAGCAUUUCCCCUCCA